GACGAAGACGAUUGUCAAAUUACCAAAGUGAACCCGCCUAUGGAUGAUGGAGCUUUGUUGGACACCUGGCUGGCCAUACUGGGCGGACAAAUCGUUGACGUGGCGGCCACGGGACAGUGUAGCUGGCUGGCAUGCUAUGCAGCCCUUCACAAUGUUGCGGAGAGUAUGAAGGCGCCAACAUCGGAAGUGGUGGAUAAUGCCAAUGAACUGAAGAAGCAAGUCUUAAAUGGAAUGAUAGCAAACUUGGCAGACGAAGCUCAAUUGCAUCCGAAGGAAGUGAUGGUGGAGAUCAGCGCGAGUGGCUGUCAGGGUGACCAGACAGCUCCCAUUCAGGAGCAAUUAUGCGCGUUGGCCAACCACUAUGUUGCUCAGAGACAGAAGUCAGUCAAAACACAGGUCCCACUACAGUACUGGGUCAGGUCGGCUCAUAUUAAGGCGAUGGCGAUGCAUGCUCGUGAGACGAUCUACGUUCUCGACGUACAGACCAGUGGUAUGGCCAGGAUGCAAGCGUAUGCAUAUUUCGACGAGCAUCACCAAGAUGAAGACAUCGUGGAAACAGGAUCCGUCCAAGCGGUCGCAACUCAUGAAGCCAUCGAGCUAAUGCAAGAUUUAGUGGGGGCUGGAAUUCUCCCACCCGUUAUGAUCUUGAGGUGGCAGGACACGACGAACCACUUCCAAGCCAUAACCUACGACAACGAACGCUACGCAUGUUACGCAAAUAAC